AUGGCAAAGAAGGCAUUGGCACAAGAUCAGAUUGUGAAGCUCAUUGUUGGCGCUGGCCAAGCCAGCCCCAGUCCUCCCGUUGGUCCAGCUCUGGGUAGUAAGGGUGUCAAGAGCAUGGACUUUUGCAAGGAAUUCAAUGCCCGCACAGCACACAUCCAAACCGGCACUCCAGUCCCCGCGCGUGUGACCGUUCGUCCUGAUCGUUCGUUCACCUUUGACCUCCGCACGCCCACUACUUCCUGGCUACUCUUGCAGGCUGCAAACGUGGAACCGCGCAAGAACCGAGUCCGUGGCGCCAUUAGCCCAGGACAUGAGACCAUCGGCCAAGUGUCUUUGAAGCACGUCUACGAGAUUGCGCAGAUCAAACAGUCUGAACUGCGGUUAUCGGGAUUGUCCAUGGAAGGACUAUGUAAGAGUGUAAUUUCGCAAGCCAAGUCGAUGGGUAUCAAGGUCAAUCCAUAA